GCUAAUCGUUGCGUCUUUGACUGUAUGUCUGUGUGUCUAAAAAAGGAUAACUGAGUGACUUCCCCAUACAAGAUAAACUCGUUCGCUUGGGCUCUUGCCGGCUCGAUCAUGUUGCCCUUAUUCCCACCCCGACCACACUUGGAAGCUCUCAUUGCAGCAUACAACGAACGCCAUUCAUAGUACUCAUUUUCUGAUUGUGAUCAACAGGGCAUGCGGUUGACAAUAGUUAGCAUGCUAUUCUUGCUUGUUCCCCUUUUGCUGCCUACGGCAUGCGCAAUAGCAGACAGCCGACACACUGCAAAGCUGUUGUUGGCUGAGGAAAUUGCAAACUCACCUCCAGACAGAGACGUGUAUGCACAUGUUCCCAAAGUGCAGCGGCACCUCUGGGAGCAUGACGAUGGACGCAGCAUCAACGAAACGCUACAGCACUUCAGCGACAUCCCGGUGGAUGUCGUGGUGGCUGUGAAGCUCAUUGCAUUCGAUGGCGACGGCAUCAACCGCGCGCGGCUCUCGGAUGCGGAGCUGCUGCGCCACCUGCGGUCCCUGCAACUGGACUCGCUGCUGCCCACCGCGGUUCUGGAGCCGCAGGAAACACACCUGUCGGUUCGCCCCCGCGUGCACUUCCGCGUGACCAAGGCUCCCCCCAGUCUCACCCAGAAGCUGGCGGGUGUGCUGCUGUCAGCGGUGUUUGAGGGGAAGCGAGCCAGCCUCUCCCCGCACGGCACCCUCUACCUGCCGCACACCCUCGUCAACGACGUCCUUGUGGAGGAGGAGCGAGCAGCAGCAGCAGCUGCACAUGCCUCCUCCUCCUCCUCCACUGCUCCUUCCGGUACCACCACCACCGCCACCACCAGCACCGACAGCAGCACCACCAGCAGUAGCAGUACGGCAGCUGCUGCGCCUCUCUUCACGCUGUACGUGUUGAACUUGGAGCCGCCCAGCGGGACUGACUACCUGUACACGUACUGGGAGGCGCCGGAGCUGGUGGCGGCGGGGAACUGGUCGGAGUUCCGCAGCUGUCCGGGCGCAGUGUUCGUGUCGCCCUCCUCCACCUCCGCUUCCUCCUCCUCGG